GAUCCGAAGGAGAGAGUGAGAAGAAAUCUAAAGAGGAGAGAGGGCAAAAAAAAAAAAGAAUGUGAAGAGGUGAAGGAGAAAAAGAGAGGCUGUAAGGAAGAGAGAGAGGCAGAAAGAGGAGGGAGAAGGAAGGGAUAGAAGGUGGAAAGCAUCUCUAGCAACGCUUUGGAGGAGAGGGUAAAGGAGGAAGAAAGAAAUAAAAAGGAGGGAGAGAGGGACGGAGGAAGGAUAGAUUUCUUGCUUAGGGGUGGAGGGGAAAUAGAGGAGGAGGGAAAGAGAGGGGAGACAGUAGAAGGGAGGGGGUGAGAGAGACAGCGAGGGAGGGAGAGAGGAAGAGGAUUUGCAAUAGCAGAAAAUACUGUCCCUAUGGAAGAAUAGUGGAGAUUUGGGGUGAAUAGCUACAGCAAGGUGAUAUAUAGGGUCAUUGGUAAGGAGACCUAGAGAUAAAGUCAGGAUGCAGUUCACAUUUUGGAUUAUACACGGGGCAGGGCUGAUGCUCUUCAUAUCACAGGAUGCUUUGGCCCAACGGUGGCGUAAGGAAUUUGAGGAUGAGCGCCCAGUUGAUUUAGAAAGCUCGGGUGACGAUUAUUUCUUUGAAGAUGAUGAAAUGGAUGAUGAAUACUCUGCAUCUGGAUCAGGCUUUUCUGAGUUGGAAUCAGGCCUGGAUUUCACAGUAAGGUACACAACGCAGACACCAAUACUUCCACCAACAGUAUCUGUGCUGAAACCAGCACCCACAAUACAUGGUCUACCACCUAUCCAAAGCACAUGGGUUCCUCCAACAACUCAAUCCUCUGUUAUUCUUCAACGCUCCCCUUGGGUAGAUGAAGAUUCAGAAACUCCAUCAAUAGAUGAAGCCUUCACACCCACAAAUCCAUCCAAAGAAGAGUCAACAAUGGCAGCAGUAACUUCGGCAAUAGCCAGGUCAACAGAGGUCCGCAGGCUACAACCAGUGGUUGUGGUUUCCACAGUAGCAGCUUCUAUACCAAGUUCUACUGCUGAAGAAGCACUUACGUGGGAAACUACUGAUGAGCAGCUUGUGACAAGUACCACUGAGGCUAGUGAAGGACAGUGGCCUACAGAUGACGCUGGGGUACUACCCACAUCAGGUAUAGAAGAGAUAGAAGAUAGUAUUGACAGAGUGACACCCACACAGGAACCACAGACGGACAGCUGGGAGGUGACAGUGGUCACUUCUCGCGAUAGUGACUUUGAGAUACCUGUCAGUGGGGGACCCAGUGGAGACUUUGAAAUUCAAGAGGAAGAGGGAGGAACACAUACAGAAAGCCCAACAGUACCGGACCUGGGUAACGAGGUACUUCCCCCUGGUCCUCGACCAUCAGAGCCAGGAAGAGGCAGGAAGGCUGACACUGGUUUAAUCGAUAACACUAUAGAUUCCGGUAACACGCUGGCACAAAUGCCUCAGAAAAACAUCUUGGAAAGAAGAGAAGUGUUAAUAGUUUCUAGUGAGAUACGCUGUGAUAGUAAGGAGGUGUGGUUGGAGCAUUAUUUGCCAGCAUUCCUAGUGAUGUUGCUGAAUUUAUCGGAUGAUAAAAGAAAGACGAGGAAGUAUGCUUUGGAAGAGCCCAAACCAGCAAGCGUUUCCUAUCAGAAGCCAGACAAUCACGAGGAAUUUUAUGCAUAGGGCACCAUGGGUCACUCAUCACAUUUCCUAGGCUUCAAUCUGUGAGCCUGCAGCCGGAUAUUUUCUUUCCUACUCGCUAUCAGCUUCACACUAUAAUGGGUCCUUCAUGAUCUUGAACUAGGACAUGCUGGAUGUCCCAGAAUCCUUUGGUACUGUAGCAUAAUUCUGCUGAUUUAUUUACACUCUGAUACCCUCCUCUCUAUAUUUCACCAGGAUUUUGUGAACUGGACUUCCUGCCAGACUUGUCUUUGAGGUCUAUUUUUUUUUGCCAAAGCAAAGAGAUACAGAUGUCCACAAUGCACAAUAGAAUAGCCACAGAAUAUUCUAAACUGCAGUAGUGCCAUUCACUAAAUUAUUUUGUGGUAAAAAUACCGCAGCCUUAGUGGCUACACUUUUUAAAUUCCAUAGAUUUUUUUUUUUUUUAUGUUCUAAAAUAGAAAACUAAUGCAGUGUUUAAGGGAAUGUGUAGUGUUGUAAAAAAAAAAUCAUAUUUAUGUUUUUAAGAACCUCUAUGUACUUUACGUCUCCAGUCCGGCCACAGGCUCUUACUCAAUCUGUAUAUAGAAUCUUGUGUAAAUGAAUAAAACAUUAAAUAAGGGAACUUUAGCAUAAAGGGCUGGUUAUUUUUUAUUUUUUGUAACAUUUAAACAAACAAAAAAAGAAACAAUAAACCGUUCCAGUGAAAAUAUAUACUUGUUAGUGGUAAGUAACAGAUGGUUUAAUCAUUCUAUGGUGACUGGAUCUUGACUAUGAGAAAUGACAUUGAAAUUUGAUAGUUCUGUAAAAAGGCAGCUUCUGUUAAUUCCAGUUGUAUAGCCUUUCUGUUUAGCUGAAUCCAUUUGUGCUGGAAGUGGGUUGAUUUUUUUUAAUAUUUCUGUGUGAAUUGUGCCUAAUGUUUAUACAGUCAGAUUGAUGAGUGGAUAUCUCUCUAUUUUAUUCAUCAGCACUUAGCUCUCACCCACUGGAUCUAUAGUCCAUGAUUUCUGGUAUCUGCAACUGAUCGUAUAAAUAAAUACUUUCCAAUGCAACAAUUUCAUAUUACAACUAAUUAAAGUUGCUGACCUAAAAGUGAUUUCCAUUAUGAAAUCCAAGAAGAUCUUCAUUGGACCUCACAACAGAAGGGGGAGAUAUAUUGAUGGUGGGGGUCAUUAUACACCUAUAUAUAUAAUUAUUUAACUUAAAGAUAAACGUACAAAUGUAUUUAAUCACAGAUUUUUUUGUAAUACUUUCAUUAAAGGGACAUAGAGCUUUCCAAUACACAAAAAAUGCUUCUACUUGAAACUUAUGACUGUUUCACUGAUAGUUUUUACUGCACACGGAGCAUAUGUACAUAUGAAUCAUACACCCUCUUUCAACACUGUGACUGCUCAGAAAGCUGUCAGUGGCAUGUAGUAAUCAGUGAUGAUCCAAAAUGAGGCAUCACCCAUCUUAAAGGGACAGGAACCCCAAAAAUGUCCUUCAUAAUUAGGAUAGAACAUUCAAUCAAUAUUAAACAACUUUCAGAUCUAUGUUUAUUAUCAUGAUUUAUUCUCUUGUUAUCCUUUGCCUAAGGAACAGCAUUGUACACUCGGCAGCUAGCUGAACACCAUCUCAGUUUGCCAAAUAGCCAAUCACAAGAGACAAAUGUAUGCAGGCACCAAUCGCCAAAUAUCCUCUAUACUAGUGUAGGAUAUGUGCAUGUUCAUUUUGAACCAAUGAAUACCAAGAGAACAAAGCUCAUUUGAAAAUAGUGAUUUUAAAAGUAUGUCUUUAAAUUGCACACACUGAUUUUUUGCAAGUUUAAUUUUGCCUUUCCUAUCUCUUAAUAUAGGUUCUCUGAGAGUAGGUGUGGUGUUUCAAUGUAGUUGCAAGGAGCAUAUUCACAUGUGUUCAGUGAAACAGUAAAGUCAGUGAAACGGGUACCUUGUCACUUCCAGCUUUGAAAUAUAUGCCCCUUUAAUAUUCUGAUAGUUUUCAGUGCUGUGUUUAUAUGGUAAGAGCUAAAACUGAAAUAAUAUCUCACAUUUAUGUAACAAGGACAAAGACGGUCAGCUAUUGAAAUUUUGUGACACCCGUGGAGUUUUUUAUAUUGAACAGCAGGAACUACCUAUAUUUAUAUAUAAAAAAAAUUACCUCAGGAUUUUUUGUUACACCAUUAGGCAUGUUUGCUUGGUAAACAUUAUUAUAAAGCUUUUCGUUUUUUGGCUGUUAGUCAGAUACUGGUCACAUGGGAAGCCAAAUGUUCCCCCCAAAAUAUUGAUCUGCAAUGAGGUAUUGGGUAGAUGUUUUGGGAAUGGAUAUAAUGUGGUGUAAAUUAUUUACAAGGUACCGCCUAUAAGGCACUGGAAGACUUAUUUUACUUACAAAGUAACAGAAUUGGUAAAGCGCAACUUCUGAGCUUUUCAGGAGCUAAUAAACAAAACACAACAAUGUGCAGUAUUUUAGAAUCAUGGAAUCUAGACCAUAGCUUGGUGAAACAAAUUAGGAUCUGAAGAAACUGAAUUGUAAAAUAAAAAAAUGGCAGUAGAAAAUGCAUGUAAAUAUUUUAAAUAGUUGCCUCAUUCUCAAGUGUCUCCUGAAUCUGACCUUUUUCCUUCCUAUACAGUGACUGAGCUACAGAAAAGGAUUCUGGGUAACAAUAGGAAAAGAGGGGGGCUGUAGCUCCCUAUUGACUUUAAUCAUGGAUGUAUUUCAUAGUUGCCUUACAAAGUAAUGUUUAUUGCUGUUUUUGGUUACAAAAAUAGUAGUUUACCAUGUUAGGCUCUUUUACCUUUGAGUACAAUAUUGUAUCUGUCUUGCCUAGAAAUUGUGUUGAAUAAACUUUUAACAGUUUAAAGAUCAAAUUUUUCAGAUAUACUAUUUCAGAGAACACCGUGGCAAAUGAAUGCCAUGUAAGGAAAGGGUAUUAGAGCCAUCUAUGUAUACUGGAGUUGCCCUUACUCAGCAAAGCAUGGAUACACAUAUCAAAUACAACAUAUUAAUGCAUUGUUUUCUAAAACACCCAGGCUAUACCAUCUCAUUACCCAGAAUCCUCAUCUGCAGUGUAAUGGCAGUGAUGUAUAACAAAGCUUUAUGGAUACAGAUAUAGUGACUGGUAAAUGCUACCUGAAGUUGGCGCACAAGGUGUUAAUGGCUACACUGAAUAUUAUUUCAGCAGCAAAAUAUUAUAACUGACCCCAAAUACCUAUGAGUGGAAGUUAAAAAAGAACAUUUAAACAGGGACCUAUGUAUCUGUAGGAUUGCUUUUACAUAUGGAAUUUCAUCUGUCUGCACUAAAAAAAAUGGAGUAACUCGUCAAACAACUUGCCUAUCUUUAACCCCUUUUGCUGCCACAGCAUAUCAGCAAAUGCAUCACAGGAACAUUUGCAGAGAGUCAAUUCUAUGAGAAUUAAAUAAUUUCUUGGAGAGGGAUGGGUGUUUUGGGUUACACUGUAACAGAGCAUUUUUGUAUGUAUGUAAAUCACUAGGAUUUUAGCAUUAAAAAUACUUAUUAAAAAGUCUGUAUUGAAUGUUUUUUUGGAUAUUAUUGCACAGACUUUAAAGCCAAACUUUAAAAUAAUGAUUAAAAAAUAUGAAAAGAAGUCAAUUCACUCAUAAAAGUAAAACCAUAUCUUUGCCAACAAAACUUACGCAAUGUUACAGUAAUGUAUCUUCCUAAUUUUUAUAAUUAUUUCUGUGAUGUACCCAUUAAGGACAAUAAAAAUUAAACUAUUUGAAAUACUA